UCUGGCCACACUCCCCAGCCGGCACUGUGUUUACUCAACUCGUUUUUAUUUCGUAAUUAUAAAGGCCAUAUUUUAUCAAUGAAUUAAGAUAAGCCGACGAGCUGCUGCCGGCAUACCCCUCCAAAUGACUUCUCAGAUCUACAACCAGAAGAAGUUCGUGCCCACGCCGCCCGAGAAGGGUUCGUUUCCCCUGGAUCACGAGGGGCUGUGCAAGAAGCAGUUCCUCCUCUACGCCAGUUGCCUCCGCAAGAACGCCCAGGACACGAGUCUGUGCCGCGAGGACGCCAAGAACUACCUGGCCUGUCGCAUGGACAAUAAUCUUAUGGAGAAAACCGAAUGGUCCAAGUUGGGAUUCCACGAACAGAAGCCAGCCAAGGAGCAGGAGGAGAAACAAUGA